AUGACGUCUGCUCUAGAGAAAUACUACGCUACGAACUAUUCAAAUUGCAAUCUCGAAUACAAUUUUCUGGCGUCGUGGAAAGGAGUUGCCUAUCCUUCACAUGUAUUUCAAUUCAUAUCACUUCCGUUUCAAAUUUUCGCCUUUUAUGUUAUCAUUUUCAAAACUCCAGUAGCUAUGAAGAACGUCAAAACCCCGUUAUUGAUUAAUCACUUAUUUUGCGCCCUACUCGACUUACUCCUUUGCACAUUCUCCACAGUUUAUUAUUUUCUUCCAAUGUACGGGGUGUUUUUUGUCGGUGUUUUCAGUUGGUUCGGGAUACCAAAUGUUCUUCAAAUACUGCUUGUAUGGCUGAUGAUGAUGUUAACAGGAGCAUCGUAUGUUUAUUUUUUCAAAUGUCGCUCCAGUAUCUUAGUUCAAAACAAGUUCCGAAUAACUCGUCAAAAGACAAGGAUGAUAUAUUACUCACUAUUUUUUAUUCCAUGGAUGUUGACAACUUAUUUUGAAAAGUUGAUACCCGAAGAUCAAGAUGCUGCAAGGCAAUUUGCAUUAACAUUACAUCCAUGUCCAACAAGAGAGUUUUUCACAUCUGAAGUCUUGAUUAUUCUUGCUGAUAACAUUCUGAUAGAACGUUUUAUUUGGAUUUUUCCCAUUUUUGGUGUCUAUUUCGCAAGUUUUCCACUGUUUCAAGUUUCGACUCUUAUCUACUACAUUUGCAUUGCACCUUCAAACACAAUUUCAAAAGAUACUCAACAGAGGCAAAAAGUGUUUCUCUUCUGCAUUUUAUUCCAAAUUUUUAUUCCUCUAAUUGCCGUGCUCCCAGCAGGUUGGGUUUUCAUUGUCUAUUUGACCGGUCGUUAUUAUCAGACGAUGAUGAAUGUUACAUUUUGUAGCCUUGGACUUCACGGUCUCGCCGAGAGUAUCGCAAUUGUUACUGUGCAUAGACCGUAUAGAAAAGCCGUUAGUCACAUGCUAACAGAGUUCAAAAAGAGGAGACGGUCGAUUAAAGUGUUACCAUUUCUUGCAAACCACACAAGACACAGUGUCACCACGGGACAAUGA